AGCUCAAGUAAACCCAGAAAUGGAUUCCAGUGAAAGAAGAAAAAGUGGAUUGAAUCUCCCAGCUGGGAUGUCUGAAACCUCUCUGCGCCUUGAGACUUUUUCGGGUUCCUAUCGGGCGAUAUCAAACUUGUCGUCCCCGUCGAAAGCCACAAGUUGUAGCGACCGAUUCAUACCAUGCAGAUCUUCGUCAAGGCUUCAUACUUUUGGGCUAAUCGAGAAGGCAUCGCCGGUUAAGGAAGGCGGAAACGAGGCGUAUUUUAGGUUGUUGAAACAGGAGCUUUUCGGGUCUGAUUUUGGUUCUUCAUCUCCUGCAGGUCAAGGGUCUCCGAUGAGUCCCAGCAAGAACAUGCUAAGGUUCAAGACGGAUCAUUCGGGGCCUAAUUCGCCCUUUUCCCCUUCCAUUUUUGGUCCUGAUAGCGGGUUUUCUAGUGAGACUUCUACGCCUCCAAAGCCGCCUCGGAAGGUCCCCAAGACACCCCAUAAGGUUCUGGAUGCCCCAUCACUUCAAGAUGAUUUCUACUUGAACCUUGUGGACUGGUCUUCACAGAAUGUGCUUGCAGUUGGAUUGGGCACCUGUGUUUAUCUAUGGACUGCAUCCACCAGCAAGGUGACCAAGUUGUGUGAUUUGGGGCCCAGUGACAGUGUGUGCUCGGUCCAAUGGACCCGAGAGGGUUCAUACAUAUCGAUUGGUACACAUCUUGGUCAAGUUCAGGUGUGGGAUGGAACUCAGGGCAAGAAGGUCCGAACCAUGAGCGGACACCAAACAAGGACCGGAGUCCUGGCUUGGAGCUCGCGGAUAUUAUCUUCUGGAAGUAGAGACCGCAACAUACUUCAACACGAUCUUCGUGUUUCAAAUGACUUUGUUAGCAAGCUUGUAGGGCACAAAUCCGAAGUGUGUGGGCUGAAAUGGUCCCAUGAUGAUAGAGAACUUGCAUCAGGUGGUAAUGAUAAUCAGCUAUUGGUGUGGAACCAGCAUUCUCAGCAACCAGUUUUGAAGUUGACAGAGCACACAGCUGCUGUGAAGGCCAUAGCUUGGUCACCUCACCAGAGCGGCCUCCUUGCGUCCGGAGGUGGGACUGCAGACCGGUGUAUCCGCUUCUGGAGUACUACAAAUGGGAAUCAAUUAAACCAUGUUGACACAGGAAGCCAGGUAUGCAAUCUGGCAUGGAGUAAGAAUGUGAACGAGCUAGUCAGCACUCAUGGCUAUUCCCAGAAUCAGAUUAUGGUCUGGAAAUACCCAUCAAUGACAAAGGUUGCAACUCUAACUGGCCAUAGUUUGCGAGUGCUCUAUCUUGCCAUGUCGCCGGAUGGUCAGACGAUAGUAACAGGAGCAGGGGAUGAGACAUUACGGUUUUGGAAUAUCUUCCCUUCCAUGAAAACACCAGCACCAGUCAAAGAUACAGGUGUUUGGUCAAUGGGACGGACGCAUAUUCGAUGAAAACACUCUGCACAUAUGGAAUUAAAUUAUUUUGUAAAUCGCGAGAGAUAUAAGAGAGACCUGUUCAGGGUUCCGUUUUUAUAUUUUGAAAUUGUGAAUUUGUGAAGUGUCUUUUGCUUCUCUUCUUCUAAUACUUUAAAAGGAUUUUAGUGAA